AUGGAUCGGUGUAGCAUUUCAAUGCCGUUAAUGAUGGAUUUGAUCUUCUUAAUGAUGGGCAUCGCUGUAAUUAGCUUCGCAAAUGGGCAAAAUGUUCCACCUUGUGCUGUUGAGCUAUCUCCAUGCAUCGAGUAUAUGAACUCCACAAACCCACCGGACACAUGCUGCAAUCCAAUCAAAGAAAUAGACGCAACCCAGAAAACAUGUUUCUGCGAACUUGGAUUAACUCCCGGUGUUCUUGAAGGUCUUGGUACCACUACCGCUCAGGCUGUGCAACUUCUCCACUCAUGCGGCGUCAACUUCAAUAUCACCACCACCUGCAAAGAAGCAAUGCCAGGAGACGAUGAAGGAGGUGCUUGCAGAGUUGCUAUGGCCGGGCUUUCCUUCGCACUUCUUAUGUGCUGCUUCUCUGUACUCUUUAAUUAG